AUGUCUAGACGUGCAACUGCCAGAGCAAUUUCCAAUAAUACUAGAAUUGUCAAUCGAAAGAUUUCAGCUGACAAUUUUGAACAAAAUUUUGUAUCGAAUGCAAAACUCAAACGUAGUCCUUCGAUUAAACGAGUACAACUUGAAAUUAAAGUCAAUAAUUCUCCUCGAUUAAAUUAUGUUCCACCAAUAGUUUUACAUUCUCAAUCGAUAUUAGUUCGAUUACAUCAACCUAAAAAGCCUAUAUUACCAGCACCAAAUACAAUUAACAAUAGAAAUAUGGUAGUUGGAGUUUAUCACAAUGCUAAACUUCAAGAAAAAAUCGAACAAUGUCAAUCAAAAUUACAUGUUGAUUUAUCUUAUUGUGACAUAGUCGAUCGUGAUAUGUUAAUUGUAACCAAUAAAUUAAUAAAUGAAAAAAAAUGUACGGAUCUUUGGUUAUACGGAAAUCAUAUAAAAUCCGAAGGUAUAUCAACAUUAGCAUCAAGUUUAAUAAAUAAUUCAACAUUAAAAAGUCUUGAUCUUUCAUUUAAUCAAAUAUCUGAUGCUGGUGUCUAUUCAUUAACUCAAGCACUUUUACCAAAACAUAAUUCAUCUCUUCAAAUUCUUUAUCUGAGUAAAAAUGGUAUAUCUGAUGAUGGAAUAAGAUAUAUAUCUGAUAUGCUUCGAACAAAUCAAACAAUAACUGAAUUAUGGUUAUCAAAUAAUGAAAUUACUAAUAAAGGUAUUCAACAAUUAGCAAGAGUAUUAGCAUAUCAUAAUAAAACAUUAAAACAAUUAUCACUUUCAACAAAUUUAUUUCUAACAGAUAAAUGUAUUGAUUAUCUUGUUGGAAUAUUUGAACAUAAUGAUACAUUAAAAAAACUUUGGAUUAGUGAUUGUAGUUUAACAGAAUAUGGUAAAGCAAAACUUCAUCAAAAAAUUCAUAGAAAAAACCAUACACGAAUUGAUUUAUAA